GUUUAUCUCAGUCAAGCGUAAUUGUCGCAAACACUCAGUGGGCGCCUUCCUCUUUAAAUUGCCCUGCAUCCAAGCUGCAUCAGCAGUAACAACCCCUCAACCUCACCACAACCACAUUUCCUCCGACUUAGAUUCUACCAAACUCUCUUCUACCCAACUCUGCGAGCUGGGGUUUACUCACACAUAAUCCACAUCAUCCACCAUGGGUUUGCUCUCAAAUUCAAAUGAGGGCAAGAGCAUCUCCGCCUAUGGAGAAGCUCGCUCGACCAUCCAAGGUGAAUGCCUCACCUCGGAGGAGGUUCGCAAGAUGAACUCCUACUUCCGGGCAAGUCUCUACCUCUGCCUCGGCAUGUUGUAUCUUCGCGACAACCCUCUGCUUCAAGAGCCGCUCAAGCGUGAACACUUGAAGCAACGUCUCCUCGGUCACUGGGGUUCGGACGCUGGCCAGUCUUUCACCUGGAUUCAUAUGAACCGCCUCAUCAAGAAGUAUGAUCUGGAUGCUCUCUUCGUUUCAGGCCCCGGCCAUGGCGCUCCUGGAAUUCUCUCGCAGUCAUACCUGGAGGGUGUCUACUCGGAGGUUUAUCCCGACAAGACUGAAGAUGCAGAGGGUAUGCAGAAGUUCUUCAAACAGUUUAGCUUCCCGGGAGGUAUUGGUUCGCACGCGACACCCGAGACUCCUGGAAGUAUCCACGAAGGUGGUGAAUUGGGAUAUUCUAUCUCCCACGCCUUCGGAACCGUCUUCGACAACCCCAACCUCAUCACACUGACAAUGGUUGGCGAUGGAGAAUCCGAGACAGGCCCACUUGCGACCAGCUGGCACAGUACCAAGUUCCUGAACCCAAUCACUGACGGCGCUGUUCUGCCUGUCCUGCAUCUCAAUGGAUACAAGAUCAACAACCCCACUAUCCUGGCCCGAAUCAGCCACGAAGAACUGACCUCCCUGUUUAUUGGCUACGGUUGGAAGCCAUACUUUGUGGAAGGAAGCGACUUGCAGAGUAUGCACCAGGCUAUGGCAGUCACCAUGGAACAGUGCGUCAAGGAAAUCAGAGAGUACCAGCAGCAAGCUCGCUCAUCGAACAAGCCAUUCCGCCCACGCUGGCCGAUGAUUGUCCUGCGUACUCCCAAGGGAUGGACCGCCCCUAGGGAAAUCGAUGGAAAGCUACUCGAGGGCUUUUGGCGAGCUCACCAGAUUCCAAUCACCGAUGUUCUCACCAACCCCGAUCACCUCAAGGUUCUGGAGUCUUGGAUGAAGGGCUACAAGCCAGAGGAGCUGUUUGAUGCCAACGGCAAACUGAUUCCCGAGCUGCGUGCUCUUGCACCUGCUGGCAACUCGCGCAUGUCCGCCAACCCAGUCGGCAAUGGUGGUGUCCUACGCAAGCCUCUGAACUUGAACGACUUCACCAAGUAUGCUCUCCAGGAUAUCGUUCCUGGCAAGACCAUCAAGGGCGGCAUGGCAAACAUGGCCAAUUUUCUCCGUGACGUCGUCAGCAAGAAUAUGACGAACUUCCGACUCUUCGGUCCUGAUGAGACUGAGUCCAACAAGCUUGCUGAGGUUUACAAGGCAGGCAAGAAGGUCUGGAUGGCCGACUAUUUUGAGGAGGAUAAGGAUGGCGGCAAUCUUUCCCCUUCGGGUCGUGUGAUGGAAAUUCUCAGCGAGCAUACUUGCGAAGGAUGGCUUGAGGGCUAUAUUCUUUCCGGACGCCAUGGUCUCAUCAACAGCUACGAGCCUUUCGUGCACGUCAUUGACUCCAUGGUCAACCAACAUUGCAAGUGGAUUGAGAAGUGUCUCGAGGUUGAGUGGAGAGCCAAGGUCGCUUCGCUGAACAUCUUGAUCACGGCAACUGUCUGGCGCCAGGACCACAAUGGUUUCACCCACCAAGAUCCCGGCUUCCUGGAUGUCGUCGCGAACAAGUCUCCUGAGGUCGUUCGCAUCUAUCUCCCCCAGACGGCAACACCCUCCUUUCCGUCAUGGACCACUGCCUGCGCAGUGUCAAUUAUGUUAACGUUGUCGUGGCCGACAAGCAGGAGCACAUUCAGUUCCUGA